CGAUGGCGCAAGGUCCACCUGGUGGUAUUCUUGGCAUCCUGGGAGUUGUAGUGGUGGCCGGUCUGAUUGUAGGAGUGGUGGCCACAAUCUGUAUGGUGUACAGAAGAGGACAGAAACCCCGUUCAGAGACUGACAAUGACCUGACCGACCUCCCACCAGUUCACAAGCCGGCCCCUCCGCCACCCAAGAAAAAGAGCAGCGAUAUGAAAGGAGACCUGACAUCUGACGAGAUCCAGGUUGUUCAUCUGGACAAGGACGAUGAGAUACAGAAGAUUCCUCUUCAGCCACCAUACUAUGACAUGGCACAGUCUGAGUCCAAUAAGCCGAACUCUGCAAACGAAGAGCUACCAGCCCCAGCCGACCAUGUGAGCUGUCACCACCCGGGCAACCAGGAAAAAAUUGUUGAGCCUCCACCCCCUUCUGCCUACCCACCUGUUACCCUCCUACCCCACAACCCUUACACCCAACACCCUACUAAUACCCCAAUGUACACCUUCCAGCCCAACUCUGCCCCUUCCGCCCCCCGACCCCCUUUCAACUACCCGAAGGAGCAGUCUGUCUAGAUCUUGUGUACAGGAUAGCCAUUACGAGUUACUCCUGCAGAGAACAACACCACCUUCCUCUUUGCUGUUGUACAACGCUGGCCACAUCAGGACACAGACGGUCUCUCGGACCGAAAUAAAAAGUGUCAGUAGUUUGUUGACCUGAAACCGUGUGUGUUGUGCACUGCAUGUUUCACAACAAGGCUGUGGUUAGGACCCCUUAGUCUUGUGUUUUAAAGACCUCACUAUGAAACCAUACCUCACAAAAGCACACCUCACUUCUCCGAAACACAGGGUAUUGGCCUUUGCUUUGCAUAAUACCUCUUUAAGAUCUCACCUUCCUUUGUUUCCAUUCUGCCAAGUGUCUGACCAUUUACGUAUUUAAAGGAACAGUUCACCCAAACGUGAAAAUCCUGUCAUUUAUUUUCAAUAGAACACAAACACUGUUUCUAGUUUGUGAAAAUUCGCAUGAGCAAAAUAAUUUUUGUGUGAACUGUCCCUUUAAGAACUUGUCACCUUUUUUACUGUUUAUUCUUUACUAUAGUGAACAUUAUGUUUAAAUGAUUGUCACAAAUGUGUGUUGCACUUACCGCAAAAUGAUAUUUGCUUGCUUCUUGUUGUACAUGCUUGAGUUGAGUGACUGUUUCUUAUUUAUCUCAUGACUUUUUGUCAAAACAUAAGGACCAAUGUCCACGACAGUCAUACAGUGAAUCAUUCUUGCAUUUAUUUGUAAACAGCGGGCUACUAAAUGACAUCAGAAUAAUAUUCUGCCAUAACAAUCUGAAUUGUGAAUGUUCCCAAAAAUUGAAGGGCUCACUUAUGCUCGUAAGAUAUCAUCUCAACGUCACAAGUAAAAUGAUAAUGGGAACGCUGUCAUCUUUGCUUGUGGUAACCAAAUAAACAGAGCCUGCCAUAUUUGCUUCACACAAAUGUUUACAUUUGGCAUCAUCACAGAUGAAAAUGAAUAAACAUCCACUGUUGUCAUCAUAGUUUGAAGCGAUAUACAAAUAUGUACAAUCUCAUGUGUCAGUUUAUUUACUCAUUCAUUUUAUGUUAAAAUAUAAAGUGUUUCAUUUCAGUUGCUGCUGUAUUUAUAAGUGUUUUCAUGCAAUUCACAUUUUUGCUUUAUGGUUUAAAAACUAUUUUCAGGUUGAGUUCGACUGGAUACACAAAAUGUUUUGCAGGGACAAUCCGUAUAUAUUUCUUCCUUAUCAAGCUAUUUUUGAAAGAUAUUCAUAUGUUGAUGUAUUUUUUUAAAGAAUGAUCCUCAGCAUACACUUAAGCUUCUUUCAAGUCAGAUACCAUAUAAAGAGUCAAUAGAAAAUCACAGCCGCCCUCUUUAAAACCUCACCCAGACCUCUUUGUAUAAUGAGAUCCUCUGAUAAGAAUGAUGCUCGUAUUGUUAGGAAAUGUAUAAGCUGGAAAAUACAAAAAAGUUUGAAAAAAUAUUUGUGCUAAAUGUUUGUGAAAGUUAAAGUGAUAAAGAGACACCCUUUAGUGUUAUUCAGGAUUGGUUUUGGAAAUGUAAUCAUUUUGCUGUGGUUUCUGGGAUAUGUAAAGCUACCUGCCAUGCACAUCUUUUUGUCUGGCAUUGAUUUCUGUCUGUGUUCUUGUUGUGUAGCAUUAGAAUCAUCUGUGGUUCCUGGGACACUGUCCCUAUGUCAAAUAUGUUUUUUUUUUAUUAUUGGUGACGCCUGUAGUAUUAUUAGUAUUAUUAUUAUAGUAUUAAAGAUCAUUGUCUGUAGUUUUUAGUUGUCCUACUUUGAUUAUUUUCAAUUGUAAAUUAUGUUUCUUAUUAUUAUUUUGAAACUGUGAAAUUAUUUGACUUUAUUUCUACGUUUGCAAUCCUGAUUAUUUUGUUUUAUACAUGUGCUUUUUUGUUGAUAUUUUCUUACACUGUGUAUACAAAUAUAUCUUCAUGUUUGUAAAGGAAAAUCAUCGUCUCUGUCCUCGUGAACAUGAACGCAUUAUAUGUGUCACUGCUAGUUAUUCUUCCAUAUGUAAAGCAUUUUGACUUUUUUGUCUUUUUUACAUGGGGAAUACAGUAUGUUUGAUGUAAAAUUUAACUUUGUGUACCAGAUGUGUGAAACAAAACUCAUGCAGAUGAA